AGAAGCUGCUAGAAGCUCCUCGUUUCCCUUUCCUCUUUCCCGUUCUUUCUAGAAACUACUUUUCCUUCUUCUUCCUCUGCCCUCUACCAUAUAAAUCCACCUUCAAGAUGUUUGAUUCGGCAAUCUGCAACCAUAGAACAUCUCGACUACUAAUUUAUUCUUCAAUUGCGCUCUAAUUCUAGAAAAAAAGGUCAUCAACAGAGAUUCAAAUGGACAUCAGUCUAAUGGGUUUUGAUUCGCCGCUUUUGCACAACCUCCACCAUAUCCUUGCAGCCACCGACGACACCACCACCAACAAUAAAUCGAGCAAUAUCGGACCUACUCGCGCUUAUGUCCGUGACGCCAGAGCAAUGGCUGCAACUCCGGCUGAUGUGAAGGAGUAUCCCAACUCUUACGUCUUCAUCGUUGACAUGCCUGGUCUGAAGUCCGGAGAUAUCAAGGUCCAGGUGGAGGAAGACAACGUGUUGGUGAUAAGUGGAGAGAGAAAAAGGGAACACGAUCAGGAAGAGAAGGAAGGAGUGAAAUACGUGAGGAUGGAGAGGAGGAUCGGGAAGUUUAUGAGGAAGUUUGCGUUGCCGGAAAAUGCCAAUUUGGAGAAGAUAUCUGCGAUUUGUCAAGAUGGAGUGCUUACAGUGACGGUGGAGAAACUGCCGCCGCCGGAGCCCAAGAAGCCGAAGACGAUUCAGGUCCAGGUUGCUUGAAGAACAGAAACGGAGUUUGUAAGUGGUGAUAUUUCUUUAAAGAUUUUGGGUUAUAAGAACUAGUUGCUUAAUUGAUAACUGUAGACUGUAAUGGUUUAUUGUUUUGCUCUGUAUUUGUAGUGUUGUUUCUGUAAUAAACCUGUGGUGGUUUUUGACUUAUUUCCGGUAUCAUAAGCCUCAUGGGUUAUUUUUAUUCAAAUUCUCUUUUUAAUUUA